AUGAGAAGAGCUCAGUGUAAUAAUUGUACCUGUUCCCCAGGUUUAUUAGCUAGGAAUAACAGAAGAAGUUCUUUAAUAGCCAGACAAAUCCAUUUAAAAAGAACCGGAAGUUCCAGUGGUUCUAGACCAGGGUCAAGAAAAGGAUCAGUUUUCAGUAUUGACCCAUCAGUAUUAUGUGAACCAGAAGCUAAAGAAGUUAACACUUCAAAGAGAUUAGAAAAAGUAAGAAACUUAAUGGAAGAAUACAACUUAGGAGUUUACAUUGUUCCAAGUGAAGAUGCCCAUCAAAGUGAAUAUACUUCAAGUAUUGAUCAAAGAAGAAGUUUUAUUUCAGGGUUUCAAGGUAGUGCUGGGGUUGCUGUUAUAACAAGAGAUGUUACCUGUAUGAAUUCUACACCUGAAGGAUUAGCUGUUUUAUCAACUGAUGGAAGAUAUUUCAAUCAAGCAUUAAAUGAGUUAGAUUUCAAUUGGACUUUAUUAAGACAAGGAGCAAUGAAUGAACCAACUUGGGAAGACUGGUCUAUUGAUCAAGCUAUUCAGUUAUCUUUAGAUUCCGGUAGUAAGAUUAAUAUUGGUGUGGACCCUAAAUUAAUUACAUAUCAAAGUUAUUUAAAAUUUACAGAAAUUAUAAGUAGAAAAUUAAAAUUAAGUAAAAAUGUUAAAGCUGAAGUUGAGUUUGUUGCUAUUAAAGAUAAUUUAAUCACAUCUAUUUGGGAUCAAUUUGAACCAUUACCAAAAUCAACUGGUGAAGCCAUUAAAUUAUUGGAUUUGAAAUAUUGUGGAGAAUCUUUUGAAAGUAAAUUGAAUAAAAUAGUUGACCAAAUUAAGAAGAAUAACGGUAAUGCAUUGAUAAUUUCAUCAUUAGAUGAAAUCGCUUGGUUACUUAAUUUAAGAGGUAAUGAUAUUCCAUAUAAUCCAUUAUUUUUCAGUUAUUUAAUAAUAAAUUCUUUGAAUGAAGUUAUUUUAUUCAUUGAUAGUAACAAAAUAUCUUCAGAAGUUGAAAAAUAUCUCAAUGAAAACAAUAUCAAGAUCAAACCAUAUGAAGAAUUUUGGGAUUAUUUAUUCAAUUUAUCAAAAGAUUACAAUUUGAAAGGUGAAAAACUCUUGGUUAAUCAAAAUGUUUCUUGGGAAAUAGUAAGAAGUUUGAAAUGUUCAUUUACUCAAUUAUCAAGAUCCCCUAUUGAAGAUUUGAAAUCUAUUAAGAAUGAAAUCGAAAUUAAAGGAGCCAAGAAUGCCAAUAUUAAAGAUGGUAGAGCUUUAUGUAAGUUCUUCUCUUGGUUGGAAAAUGAAAUUAUCUUAAAAGGUGAAAUAUUGGAUGAAAUUCAAGCUGAUUUAAAAUUAACCGAAUUCAGAAAACAAGAAGAAGAUUUUGUUGGAUUAUCAUUCAGUACAAUUUCAUCAUCAGGUGCAAAUUCUGCUAUUAUUCAUUAUAGUCCAUCAUCAACCAAUUAUUCUAUGAUAAAUCCUGAUAGUAUUUAUUUAAAUGAUUCAGGUUCUCAUUUCUUAGAUGGUACUACUGAUACCACUAGAACCAUUCAUUUAACUACCCCAACAUCUUUACAAAAGAGAAAUUAUACUUUAGUCUUGAAAGGGGUAGUAAGUUUAUCUUCCUUAGAAUUCCCAGAAAACACCUUAGGUUCAUAUUUGGAUUCUAUUGCUAGACAACAUUUAUGGAAAUACAACCUUGAUUAUGCUCAUGGUACAUCUCAUGGUAUUGGAUCUUACUUAAAUGUCCAUGAAGGUCCUAUGAGUAUUGGUUUAAGACCUAGUGCUUCCACUACUUCUAUAAAACCUGGUAAUAUCAUAUCUAAUGAACCAGGUUAUUAUGAAGAUGGUGAAUAUGGUAUUAGAAUUGAAAAUGAUAUGGUUGUUGUUGAUACCGGUAAGAUUUAUAAUGGUAAGAAAUUCUAUAAGUUUGAAACUUUAACUAGAGUUCCAUUCUGUAGGAAAUUAAUUGAUACCAAAUUAUUAACCAAAGAAGAGAAACUUUGGAUAAAUGAAUUCCAUAAAACUAUAUGGAAUGAUUUAUCAACUUCAUUCACUAAAGGUUCCUUCGAGUAUAAUUGGUUAUUAAGAGAAACCACUGCUUUAUAA